AUGUUACUGAAAAAUUUCAUAGACAAAGCCUUUUUUCGAUUUUCGGUACCAGAAGUCAGCCCAAUAAAGCGAUUUCCAGACGGAUUGAACGUGAUGGAACUGUUUCACGGACCGACAUGGUCUUUCAAGGAUUUAGCCCUUUCAUGUGUCGGCCAAUUUCUAUCACUUUAUCUGUUCAAAAUAAAUUUGAUAUAUUCAGCAACAUCAGGUGAUACCGGAAGUUCGGCCGUUGAAGCCAUUAGGGGACAGAAGUGGGUUGACAUUGUGAUGCUAUUCCCUAGAGGGCGCAUUUCACAGAUACAGGAACUUCAAAUGACAUCCGUGAUAGACGACAAUGUUCAUGUUUUUAGAGUUGAUGGGUUGGUAGAUGAUUUGGAUGCACCAAUCAAACAAUGCUUCAGAGACCACGCCUUCACCAAACGUCAUAACCUGUCCUCCAUUAACUCCAUAAACUGGGCGCGGAUCAUGGUACAGAUAGUGCACCAUAUUUACGCCUACUUACAGAUGUGCCCAACUUGUGAUGAAGUGGUUCAAAUUGUUAUACCGACAGAAUAUGCCAGAGAGAUGGGGGUUCAGUUGGAGUUUGUGUGCACAGUAACCCAAAACCAUGUCGUAGCACGCACAAUUGAAACCGGAAAUUACGCAAUUGCUGAUCACGUGGUGAAGACUUUAGCAAAUGCCAUGGAUAUCCAGAUUCCUUACAAUAUGGAGAGAAUUUGGUAUAUAUUGACGGGAGGAAAUUGUAGUCUAAUAAAGAAUCUGAUGGCACUGAAUGUUUGCAAGUAA